AGUAGGCUGGUAGCGAGACCAGAUGGGCCGAAUGACAUAUCCGGUUUCCCGGACUCUUCGCACUUUUAUAAAAUCCGGUUAAUCGAUCCAUUUCAUUCCCGAUUCAAAUCCGCACUACCUCCUUUCUCUUCCUAUUUCUGUGAGAGGUCAAAUAUUUUUCCAAUCUUUCCCUCCUUUUACUCUCUCUCCAUUUGCUCUCUGGUUCUCGAUCUCUACUGCUCUUUUUCUCUGCAACUAUAAGCUUUCUCUCUACUGCAAAGAAUAUUUUUGGCUCUGAGCUUUCAUUGGCUGGUGAAGUAGUGCUUCCUAGCCAUGGACGGUGGUGCUUCGUAUAAUCCACGUACGGUCGAGGAGGUCUUUAGGGAUUUCAAAGGGCGUAGAGCUGGCAUGAUUAAAGCUCUCACUACUGAUGUUGAAGAGUUCUACCAGCAGUGCGAUCCUGAGAAGGAAAAUCUUUGUCUGUAUGGAUUUCCCAGUGAGCAGUGGGAGGUCAAUUUGCCUGCUGAAGAGGUUCCUCCAGAGCUUCCAGAGCCUGCUUUGGGUAUUAACUUUGCCAGAGAUGGAAUGCAAGAAAAGGACUGGUUGUCUCUGGUUGCUGUUCACAGUGAUGCAUGGUUACUUGCUGUUGCCUUUUAUUUUGGGGCUAGGUUUGGAUUUGACAAAGCUGAUAGGAAGCGUCUCUUCAACAUGAUAAAUGAUCUUCCAACGAUAUUUGAGGUUGUUACAGGAACAGCGAAGAAACAAGUAAAAGAGAAAUCCUCAGUUUCAAAUCAUAGCAGCACUAAAACUAAAUCAAACUCUAAGCGAGGAUCUGAAUCCCAGGGAAAGUAUUCAAAGGUAAUGCAAUCUAAGGAUGAAGAUGAUGAUGGCUUAGAGGAUGAGGAAGAUGAGGAGCAUGGGGAGACAUUAUGUGGUGCUUGUGGAGAAAAUUAUGCAUCUGAUGAGUUCUGGAUUUGCUGUGACAUAUGUGAGAAGUGGUUCCAUGGGAAGUGUGUUAAGAUCACUCCGGCAAGAGCUGAGCAUAUUAAGCAGUACAAAUGCCCAUCUUGCAGCAACAAGAGAGCACGGCCUUGAUGGUUGGGGAGGAGCUAGAUGUGUGUGUAUUAUGGCAUGAUGGAAAUGCUAACUGUGUAGUAGGUCAGGUCAGGUUUGUUGUUAGUCAUGGUUCCUUGAUCUAGAAAAAUCUAUUUGAAUGGUAUGUGUGGGUCGCAAAUGUGCUGUCCAUUUGGUGAUAAAAUUAGGAUAUUUAUGAACUCAGAUCGGGGAAGGCAUGUUUUAUGUUUGUCAACUUGUGUUCAUAUGCAAUCUGUCCAGCUCUUCAUGAAGCACCUGCUUUUCAUUUUAUCUUUA